UUUUUGAGUGGGAGAGACGACGCUGUUCUUCUGCAUUUGUUUUUCUCUCUCUGUCCGUCACUCUCUCUCUCUCAUCUUCAUCAUUAGAAUCGAAUCCGGAGUUUAAUUUCUGUACAUAUUUGUUUGUGUUCUUGUUCAAAGGAUCUAAUCGUUUCCAUUUCGAACUCGGUUCGCUUUUCAUUCGUCGUCAUCAUCUUCAUUUUUGUAUCCCGACUUCUUCAAUCGCCUGAAAUUCUCUCCUCCAUUUUCGACCACUGCAGCCAUUUUUGUUGGUUUUUGAGUUUCUUCUUCAGAAUAUUCCACUUUCUUUCCCCCAAUCUCUCUGCAAUUGCAGAUCUAGGUUUUUGAACUGGUCGAGAUGCAAGAUUUGUUCUUAUAUUCUCUUCAGUUCCUUGGAUCUGUCGACUUCGCCGCGGAUUUUGAGUUUCAUUAGAGAAUCCGUUGGAGAUCUGUUUGAAUUUCUGGAUUUUUUUUUGAGUUUCUUUCUUUAUUUAGGGCUUCUCGAGCCUUUUUUUCCCCCCUACGGUAUGUAAUGGUGCUGGAUAAAGAGAGUUUUUCUCGUUUUCUUUUCGGAAGUUAAAUAUAUUUUUUCUCAGAAAGUUUUUGGUUCUUCUUUUUCCUUUCCCUUGGGAAAGUUGCGUCCAUUUUUAAUUUUUUUUUUUCCUGGAAAGUUUUUGGGGAAUUUUCCGUUUGGAUGCUGAGAAAUCAUGAAUUAUUUUCCCGACGAAGUUUUAGAACAUGUUUUCGACUAUGUAACGUCUCACCGUGACCGGAACGCGGUGUCGCUGGUGUGCAAAUUAUGGUACAGAGUUGAGAGAUUUAGCCGGCAGAAGGUAUUCGUCGGAAAUUGCUAUUCGAUCACGCCGGAGAGGCUAAUCGGAAGAUUCCCCUGCGUUAAAUCCCUAACCCUAAAAGGAAAGCCCCAUUUCGCCGAUUUCAAUUUGGUUCCUCAUGAUUGGGGCGGCUACGUUCACCCUUGGAUCCAAGCCUUCGCCAAGCGCCGGAUUUCCCUGGAGGAGCUCCGUCUGAAGCGGAUGGUCGUCACCGACGAGAGUCUUGAGCUACUCUCCCGAUCCUUCCCCAAUUUCAAGUCCCUGCUCCUCUUCAGCUGUGAGGGAUUCACUACCAAUGGCCUUGCCGCCAUUGCUGCCAAUUGCAGGUUUCUGAGGGAGCUCGACCUGCAAGAGAAUGAAAUUGAUGACCAUAGUAAUUACUGGCUUAGCUGCUUUCCUGAGAGCUGCACAUCGCUUGUCUCUCUGAAUUUUGCUUGCUUAAGAGGAGAAGUAAAUCUAGGCGCUCUUGAGAGGCUUGUGGCGAGAUCUCCUAACCUCAAGAGUUUGAGGCUGAACCGUGCUGUGCCUCUCGAAACCUUGCAAAAUAUAUUGGUUCGUGCUCCUCAACUCGUCGACUUGGGCACGGGGUCUUACGUUCACGAUCAAGAUUCCGAGAUCUACGACAAUCUCAAGAACACCAUUCUGAAAUGCAAGUCGAUCAGGAGUUUAUCUGGAUUUUUAGAUGUUUCUCCUAGCUGCCUGGCUUCCAUUUAUCCAAUUUGCUCGAAUUUGACAUCCUUGAACCUGAGCUAUGCUCCUGGGCUUCAUGGCAUCGAGCUCAUGAAGGUCGUUCGGUAUUGCGAUAAACUUCAGCGCUUGUGGAUUCUGGAUGGUAUUGGUGACAAAGGACUGGAAGUUGUUGCUUCAACUUGUAAAGAAUUGCAGGAACUGAGGGUGUUCCCAUCCGACCUCUCCGGGGCUGGUAAUGUUGCUGUCACGGAAGAAGGAUUGGUCGCUAUAUCGAUGGGUUGCCCGAAACUUCAUUCGAUAUUAUACUUCUGCCAUCAGAUGACGAAUGCUGCCCUUGUAGCUGUAGCAAAGAACAACCCGAACUUCAUACGCUUCAGGUUGUGCAUCCUCGACCCCACGAAACCGGACCCUGUAACUGGGCAUGCACUGGAUGAAGGUUUUGGGGCGAUUGUUCAAGCGUGCAAAGGUCUUAGACGUUUAUCUCUCUCGGGCCAUCUUACUGAUCGGGUCUUCUAUUAUAUCGGUAAAUACGCAAAGCAUCUUGAAAUGCUUUCGUUAGCGUUUGCUGGGGACAGUGACAAGGGAAUGAUUCACAUACUGAAUGGUUGCAAGAAGCUUCGCAAGCUCGAGAUCAUGGACAGCCCGUUUGGCGACAUGGCACUUCUGCAGGACGUCGGGAAGUAUGAAACAAUGCGAUCCCUUUGGAUGUCCUCCUGCGAGAUUACUCUUGGUGGCUGCAAGACGCUAGCGAAGAAGAUGCCGAGGCUGAACGUGGAGAUCAUCAACGAGAACGAUCUGUCGGAAUUAUGCCGUGACGACGGGCAGAAAGUAGGGAAAAUGUAUCUGUACCGUACAUUAGUAGGGCCAAGGAAAGAUGCACCUAAGUUUGUAUGGACAUUGUAGAUUGAAGAUACUUCUUUCCUUCCAAGGCGCUUUUGAAUUACUUGUACCUUUCUUUCUGUUUUUAGGGCAACUGACCAGUGGGAUUUUUAUUUAGCUACGUGAGUUUAGUGUAUUUUGGUGUUUAUUGUAAUUAUUGGGAGUUUUUCAAUUUCUAAGCUGCAUUGAUGUUAUAGCCAGACUUCUUUGCAAUUCCACUUCUCAUUUCUCAAA